CAUUCACAAGUGAAGCGCACUGCUGCAGAGAAGUCUUGGUUGUGGUAUACUGUAAGUCUCGUAUUGAAUAAUUUUGUGUGCUUGGCAGAUUUACGAUUUCGUCGUCCGUAGAUGCGGAAAGCCCAAGUAUGUUUUCCUAAUUUUUUCCUGUUUUUGAAAUCCUAUAGUUAGACGACAGUCUGAGCUAUUGAUUGUCUAAGAAUUUGUCUUGUUCACGACAAAUAAAGAAAAAAAUCCAUGGAUUCCAGUUCUUUUUCGAUCCCGUUGUUUAUAGUUCCGUUGGAAGAGCUUAUAUAACACCCAGAACAAACUUUGCAGUUCUCUAUCCCUGGAAUCAACAGUAGCUCCUGCAUGUUGACAGGGAAGUGCCCUAACGAAGUGGACCAGAGCGAGUGAGAAUCCGUUGCUGCGCUAUGAAAACACUGUAGUGUGGUGGCUGGAUGCCAGUACGGUACAGUAUACGGUGCGCAUUGAAGUCGUCGUGCAUGCUGCGGUCAGCUGCAUAAAUGUGGAUGCGGUUGAAAAUGGCUGGACGCACUUGUACCUCGGAGUGGCUGCGUGAUCAUUUAGAAAGCGCUCUACCGUCGGUUCUCAUUCUUGACUGUCGUCCCCAUGCAGAGUACAGCCAAAAAGGACACAUUAUGUCGGCCAUUAAUGUCAGCUUGCCGGCCCUUAUGCUGAAGCGUCUGAUCAACGGAAGUUUGUCUGUUCCUGCUGUCAUCAAGUGUCCGCAGGCGCGCGAUAUUUUUUUACAACACUGGAAAAGCGAUUGGAUUUGUCUGUAUGACGACCUGUCUCCCGGUGCCGAUGACGAUGAUAACAGUAACAGGAUAUGCAAGAUUUUUGGUGAUAAAUUGGCGGCUGAAGGUUGCCGAGUGGUUUAUUUGGAAGGCGGAUAUAAAAGAUUUGGUCAGAGUUUCCCCGAGCUCUGUAUCCAUGUUGAUGAUCAAAGUAGCCAUGACGAUAAAGCGGUGGUCGGACUGCGAAAUUUGCAAAUAUCGAACAGUAGCAGCAGUGAUGCUGACUUGAACGAUUGUGAUAGUGGAUUUUCUAAAGAGUCGGAUGGCACUAACCGGGAUGGCUGGCACUCUGUGGAAUUAUUUAAGAUUUUGGAUUAUCUAUAUUUAGGCAAUGCCGAAACCGCACAAGAUCUUAAUACGCUCCAGGAGUACAAUAUUCGGUAUAUCCUGAACGUAACACCUAAUCUACCGAAUGUUUUUGAAACAAAAACGGAACUUGGUUUCAAGUAUAUGCAAAUUCCUAUUCAAGACUGCCUUGGCGAAAACCUUGCGGCGUAUUUCGAUGAUGCUAUUGAAUUUAUCGAGGAGGCACAUCGGAAUCAGCGUGGCUGUCUGGUACAUUGUCGUGCAGGGAUCAGCCGGAGUGUGACCGUGACAGUGGCCUACUUGAUGCACAAAUUCUCCGUCCCCCUGAAUCGGGCUUAUAAUUUUGUUAAGCGAAAAAAGACAAAUGUUUCGCCAAAUUUCAAUUUUAUGGGACAGUUGCUGGAAUUUGAACGGCGGUUGAAUUUGUCGGCAUGCCGAAAUGUUCCACAGAGUGCAGACGAAGGAGUAAUCCCGUGGACCCCGGAAGAGGAAUCAUCCUCGCCACUCGCUUGCAGCUCAGUAUUGACGGAUUCGAGUUCGGUGUUGCAGCCAUGAAGACGGGCCGCUCAACGAGCCACUCGGGUCCUCCCUUCUGACAGUAUGACAUAUAAAAGAUGUUUGUGGUUCCUACAGUGGUGUAUACGGCUCAGCUGCGUAAUGGAGGGACAGAUGGAAACCAUUCUGGCUGAAGUCGCAGUUGGUUCGUAUUAUGGAUCAAGUGCCUCAGAAUCUUUCGCUCAAUUCCACAGAAUUUUGUCACAGCCAUUUUGAUCCGACUGUUUUUCGUAACCUUUAACUGCUGGAGUCGUCCUAACGUACACGAGGGUUUUGUUACUUGGAUUUGUCGCCAGUCACGCUAACAUAUGGCGAAAGGAUUGUUGAAUUGAAACUAGUCUUGACAUUAAUUAUCUUGAACAUGUCCGAAUGUGAGAUUCGGCUAGGCACUGUACUUUGUUGAUGUUAUUUUUUUAUUUGGAUUGCUUUUACAGAAUGUCCGCAUUUUGUACAGCCAUAAGGUGCAUCUUACUUAAAUGUAUUUAAACUCUGUUCGUAAUUUCUUAUCGUGAAUUUGCUAUGCUUUAGAAAAUCAGAACAUACAAAUUGUAAUCUAACUGUUG